UCGAAAUUUGCUGCCAAAAUAAACACUGAUGACCGCGCACUUUCCAGUUCCAGUAGCGCAGUGCUGAAUAGCAAAAAAUGGAAGGGGUAAAACCUUCUGGAGCUCAAGUGGUUAAUGGGACACAAAUAGCCUUAUAAACAUGGGAGCUUCAAAGAUUUUGUCGCUUUAACCUAAUUUUUUGUUGAGUGAGCUUGAAAAGGCAAACAAGUAAACAGUUGUUGUCAAUUCCAAGGUGCAAUGCUUCAUGUUAACUCUCUCUGUUGUUUCCCGAUUUCCUCUAGAAUUGAAGACACAUCUGCCAUGGAUCUUGUGACAAUUAUUCUGUCCAUCAUACUCAUCCUGCUUUUAGUCAAAAUCUAUUAUGACCAAAAACCACAAUAUGAUGACAACUACCCUCCAGGGCCAAAGCCUCUACCAUUCAUUGGAAACUUACAUUUGAUCCUCUUCCGAAAACGUCACUGUGUCUUUAUGAAGCUGUCUGAGGAGUACGGCACCGUGUUUAGCAUCAAGCUGGGUCCAGCGAAGAUGGUUAUCUUAUGUGGGUUUGACACCAUUAAAGAAGCCCUUAUCAACCAUGCUGAAGAGUUUUCUGAGAGACCACAUGUCUUAACGUCUAGGACAUCACUUUCAGAUGGUAUAGUCUUUGCCCAUGGAGAGAACUGGAAGGUAAUAAGAAAGUUUACACUUUCAGCACUACGGGAGCUUGGAAUGGGAAAGAGAUCUAUAGAAAACAAAAUUCAAGAGGAAGCACAAUGUUUAAUACAAGCAAUUAAAUCAUACAAAGGGGAACCCUUUGAAAAUAUGACUAUCAUCAAUGCUGCAGUAGCCAACAUAAUUGUGUUUUUUUUAUUGGAUGACAGAUUUGAAUAUGAUGAUCCAACCCUACUGAAGCUCAUACAUCAUAUUCAUGUAACUGUCAGAAACAUUGGCAGUUUUAUGAACAGACUUUAUCGCAUGUUUCCAAGACUAGUAGGCUUACUUCCUGGCCGCCAUCUGAAAGACGUGGAAAACAUGGAAGACAUGCACGCUUUGAUAAAUAAGGUAUUUACAGAACAGAGGAGUACCGUGGACAUAAAUGACCCAAAGAACCUUAUUGAUGCAUUUCGGGCAAAACAACAAAAGGCAAAACCAGAUCACAUUUCAUACUUCGACAAUGAAUCAUUAACCAUGCUGGUGAGCGAUCUUUUUGGUGCUGGAAUGGAGUCAACAUCUGCCACCCUGCGAUGGGGCCUCCUACUAAUGAUCAAACACCCAGAAAUACAACAAAAAGUUCAAAAUGAGAUUUACAGAGUGAUCGGAUCAACUGAACCCCAAACUGAGCACAGGAAGCAGCUGCCCUAUACCGAUGCCGUCAUUCAUGAAAUCCAGAGGUUUGCUGAUGUUGUACCACUGAAUGUCCCACAUGAAACUACUAAUGAAGUCAUGAUUAGAGGGCACUACAUUCCACUAGGGACCAUAGUCUUCCCAAUGCUGACCUCUGCCCUUAGAGAUAAAGAUUACUUUGAAAAACCAUAUGAGUUUUAUCCGGAACAUUUCCUGGAUUCAGAAGGAAAUUUUAAGAAGAAUGAGGCAUUCAUACCUUUCUCACUAGGUAAGAGAAGCUGUGCUGGAGAAAACUUGGCAAAGAUGGAGAUCUUCUUAUUUUUUACAUCACUGCUGCAAAACUUCACCUUCCAGGCCCCCCCUCGUGCUAAGUUGAACUUCACCCCUGCAUCAGGGUUCACCAAUGCUCCCUUACCACAAAAGAUCUGUGCUAUACCUCGCAGCUAGAACAAAGCCAAGCCAACCGGUGACCAUGGUUGACACACAUCGGUUUUAUUUUUCACAGCAAAGAUGGAUUUUCAUUUCAAGAUUUUACAAGUUUUUUUUUUUUUCUACUGUUUUUUUU